AUGAAGAAGUUUCGGGCUGGGCGAAGAUGGCUCAAGAGCAAGUUCCACCGAAGCUGCUCAGAAGCGCCAGCGCAGGAGAGAAAGAUCGUCAUCGGACCACCAACCAACUUCCGUCGUGAAAAUAUCACCCUCGGUACCGAUGUUGAUGGGAACACCAUUCUGGUCGAGCGGGCUCGAGAGGAUGCGCAGGCAAUGCAUAGAGCAGCCCAAGUCAAGCGUGUGAACCGAUCUGCCUGA